AUGGCAUCCGUGGCGUCGGGGACUCUGCUACGGCCCGACAACGACCACCACCUCAAACACCGCCACCCGUCGCCCCCGAUAUCCGCCGAUGUCGAUGUCGACGAUCUCGCCGACCGCACCCAGGCGCUCCGUCUCCACGAGCCCGGCAAAUGGAGCCGGGUGAUGGUGCAAUACAUCAACCCCCUCAUUGUCCUUGCCAUAUCCGCCGCCGUCAGACUCUACCGCAUCGACUUGGCGCCACUGGUGAUGUGGGACGAGGCCCAUUUCGGCAAAUUCGGCCUGUACUACUUGAAGCGGGAAUUCUACUUUGACGUACACCCCCCGCUCGGCAAGUUGCUUGUGGGGCUUAGUGGCUGGCUCUGUGGCUACCAGGGUCACUUCAAGUUUGAUCUGGGCAACUCCUACGAUGAUACCAUCAACUUUGUCGCUAUGAGAGUGUUUAACUCGAUGUUUGGUAUCAUGUGCGCUCCGGUGGCGUAUAAGACAGCAGUGGCGAUGGGGUAUUCCCAGUGGACAGUGUGGCUUGUGCUGCUACUGGUGUGCUUUGAAUUCCAGCUGCUUUGCCUUCUGAAGUUCAUCCUUUUGGAUCUGUUUCUUCUAUUCUUCACCGUGACCACGUUCUACUGUCUUGUGCAAGUACACAAUAUGAGGGCCCAGAAUAAGUUGUUGAAAGCAGCUGGCAUUCGUUGGCUUGUGGCAUCGGGGUUUUCUAUUGGGUGUGUGUGCUCUGUUAAGUGGGUGGGGCUUUUCGUCACCGCAUUGGUGGGACUCUAUACAGUAUACGACUUGAUUCUUCGUACCUACGAGGUCCUCUCCUUACCUCAAGCGACUGAGCCAACCGCCACCGUGUCUGAAUACAAGAGGAUUGUGCCCAAAGAAAAACAACAGGUGCUGUCAGGGAACAACACCGAUCGGGCGGUGUCAUGGACGAACUACUUUAAUCACUGGGGAGUACGCAUUUUGACCCUCAUUGUCCUUCCACUCAUUAUUUAUUUGAUACUGUUUAAGGUACACUUCAUGGUGCUUAAUCGACUGGGCUCGGGCGAUGGCCUGACGCUGACGCUCUUCCAACUUAAUCUUGAAGGAAAUCAAGUGAGAAUUGGCCCGCGGGACGUUGUUUAUGGGUCGAUGGUAACUCUUCGGUCGCAGGGGCUUCUGCCUAAUUUGCUUCAUUCUCACCAAUCGCAAUACCCUGAAGGUUCGAAUCAGCAACAAAUUACCACCUAUGGGUUUCGCGACGGCAAUAAUGAUUGGCUUUUUGAAUUUCCCAACCUGAAUAAGCUGGAACUCCAGUUCGCCAGUGACGAAGGUCUUGAACCGGCGAUGUAUGAGGAACGAAUUCGUGACGGUAGCGUCGUUAGAUUAGUCCACCGAGAGACGCUGAGAGUGCUCCGUGCCAACGAUGUUCGGGCACCUGUGCUGAAACUGCACUUGGAAGUAUCGUGCCAUCACAGAUACGACACCAAUCUCCCUGAUGGCAUAGACUUUGAUGCCGACGAGUGGGUGGUCGAACUCAAAGAGCUGAUGCACAAGGACGAAGACCCUGACGUGCUCCAUCCGAUCCUGACUAGUUUCCGCCUCCGCAAUCGCAACCUCGGUUGCUACUUAGCAACGACAGGGUUGCUGUACCCACUGUGGGGGUUCGGCCAAGGGGAAGUAGUGUGCCAGUACCUGCUCUUUUCUCGUGAAAAGAGUACAUGGUGGAACAUUGAAGACCACGCCAAUGAUCGAUUACCCCGACCGGAAGAAUACGUUCCUCCCAAGCCAAAGUUUUGGAAGGAGUUUGUUCUUCUCAAUUACGCAAUGAUGGCACUGAACAAUGCUCUCAUUCCAGAUCCGGAUAAGUACGAUCGUCUUGCGCUGAGAUGGUGGCAAUGGCCCACGGUCAAUAUUGGGCUUAGAAUGGGACUGUGGCUGCGGUAUAGUACUCGUUAUUUUCUUAUUGGCCACCCGUUCGUCACUCUAUUCAGUACCCUAUGUCUUGUUGUGUUCGCAAUGUACACAGUGGUGAAACUUUUCCAAUGGCGACGUCAGCAACGUUAUAUUAGUCCCACUGACCCUUGGUGGAACUCAUUCUUGGUUCGAGGAAUACUACCGUUUCUAGGCUGGUUCCUCAACUAUUAUCCUUUUUGUGUGAUGGGUAGGGUUACCUACGUCCACCAUUACGUGCCUGCUCAAUACUUUGCUACUUUUGUCAUGGCCUAUGUUGUAAACGAAAGUGCCCAACUCUUCGGUCGCAGUCGACCCGUUGUGUAUGGUAUUGUGUAUGCUGGAGUGGUGGUGGGGUUCUGGUAUUACCGUCACUUGGUACUAGGGAUGAAAGGGCCGACGGAUAACUAUGAGUACUUGCGCUUAUUCGAUUCAUGGAUGAUUUAA